UAUUAUUUUAUAGAGUUAUUGAAAAUAGAACUUGUUUUAUUAAACAGACUAAUCACUAGUAUAUAGAAAUGUCUAACGAGACAGAGAAAAGAGGGAUUGAGGCAGUAUCUGGUGGAUCUGGUGAAACAGGAAGCGUCAAAAGGAAGCGGUAUAAUGACAUACGAUUCAGACUUCUCUUCCAUCAAGAUUCCGUUGGUAGAGUUAUCGGAAGGAAUGGGGAGAAUUUGAAGCACGCAAGACAGGAUAUUUCUGCCAAGGCCCAUCUCCGAGUUCCAGAAUUUCCUUCAUCAAUCCACAAUAAAGAUAGGAUUCUGAUGGUCUCGUGUGAACUAACUGAUGUGCCGCGAUUACUGGAAAAACUUGCUCCUUCCUUGUGGCAUGCACUAGAAGGACGGCCUCAGCGCGAGUUCAACCUCCUCGUACCGUCUGAUAUAGCUGGAGCUGUUCUGGGAAAAGGAGGCUCAACUCUGAAGGACCUCCGAGAAAAGUAUGGGUGUAAAGUAAAGAUGCACAAAGAUAAGCUACCCUACAGCGACGAGAGAGUGCUGGAGAUCCCAGGGAGAGACAAUCAGAUAGACGCAAUGAUAGAGACCCUGGUAGCUGUUCUGACUAUUCUACAAGAGAAACCUCUUCUACACGACUACAUCAGAUACACUCCGUACGUGUGUAAAGAUGAGGACUACAGUGUGCAGUGUGGUGGUUACAUGAAGGGCUUCUUGGAGAAGGGGGGUGACCCUGGCAAACUAGCUCUCACCGUUAGACCUGAUGGACAGCUUACUGGACACCGAAACGCAGAUAUGGACCGUAGCAUGAGCUACAACUACAGUAGUUCGACUGACAUAACGGCAUUCACUAGACAAAGCACUGAUACUGGAUUUGAUAACAGUUACAACACUCCCAAUCCCUUCGCUGCUCAGACAUAUGCUGGUGCUAAACAGAUGAUGAGUGAUAUGGGUCAGUACACCCACAACCCUCUCCCUACCCUCCCCACCCUCGACCAGUCAGCUAGCUACAGCUCCCUCCCCCAGAUGGAGAACUACAGACGCAUGCCCCUCCCCACCUCUCCUCCUAGACACAGUUCCCCACCUCGAACACGUUCUCCGCCGCGCAGCCAUACACCACCACGUGCAAGGUCUCCUCCUCGUUCUGUUGGCUUCAGACAGGAUGAGAGGAGGGCAGACAGAUCCCCUCCACCCAGGAUGAUAGUGGACGACUUUAUGAACGAAGAAAUUAGUAAAGACAUCCAGGUUGAUGACAGUCUGACAUCAUCUAUCAUUGGACCUCGAGGAUCAAGAAUAAGCUCUGUUAGGAAGAAGACCUCUGCUAUCAUCAAAAUAGCCGAUGACAACAGCGUUGUGGAUGGAACUAGAAAAAUUACAAUUUCUGGAACUAUGAAAGAAGUUAUGUGGGCCUUCAACGCUGUCAAGGGUCUAAUUUUGGAUGCAGAUGAAGAAGUGAGGCGAAGUAGUGGACAGAGGGAACCACAAGAGCAGUCAGCCCCUCAACCGCUACCCAAUAGUAACAAACUAUUUGAAAUGGCUCAAAACCUCAUCCCAUUUGAGACUAGCACCGAUGGUUCUGAUGAACGGACUACGAAAGAAAUUAAGAUUCCCAACAAAAAUGCGGGCAUGGUUUUAGGGAGAAAAGCCUCAAUCAUUAAUGAAAUCCGAAGCUUCAGCAAUUGCAAGAUCAAUGUCGCUAAAGACAGCGAGGUGGACGGUGAUCAGAGAACAGUCCAGAUAACGGGAAGUUCCCGAGAUGUACACCUAGCUGAGUACCUGAUUACAGCAGUGCAGCAGAUGCCACGUGAUACACCGCAGAUACUUGGACUUGUCUGAAACGCCAGCAAACUUGUUUGAUUUGUUAUUUAUUAUUACUACAGCUCACCCUAGAAUGUAGUGUUUACUCUAAUUGUCCAGGAGGAAAUUAUCAGAAACUUGUACUUUCUUUUUUAUUGAUCUUGGAAUUCAUUCUACGAUCUGUUGAUUUAAUAUUUAUCUGUAGAUCGUUAAUUGAACUCACUGGUAACGAUUUUUGUUGCAAUAACCAUCAACUUUGAUUGGUCUUCUGCUGCACUGGAACUGUUCAUUCCACAUUUUUAUAUCUUGAA